AUGGCGACUCAACGUACUACGGAAUUAAGGCGCAUGCUGGCCCUCUCCUACCCAUGGGUCAAGAAGCCUUUCGUGGUUGGUGCACCCAUGCGCAUCAUGGCCGGGCCUCAAUUGGCUGUCGCCGUGUCUGCGGCCGGCGGCCUCGGGUUCAUGGGACCACAGGCCAAACCAGAUGGAGUGCUCGCCGAUCUCGACAAGGCAAGAGAACUGGUAGAAGCGUCGAAUCUGCGCCACCCUCUGCUCCCAAUUGGUGUGGGCUUUCAGGUAUGGAAUGGAGACUUGAAGGUUGCAACAAGCGCUAUUGAGAAGCAUAAACCAUGUGCUGUCUGGCUGUUUGCGCCCAAAAACGGCCAGGCAGAGUUGGAUGAAUGGACCGUUUCUCUUCGAAAAGCUUCUCGUGAUACAAAGAUUUGGAUUCAGGUCGGUACGCUAAGCGACGCCAUUGCGGCUAUCAACAGCUCAGCGCCUCCAGACGUUCUCGUCGUUCAAGGUUCCGAAGCAGGCGGACAUGGAAUGGCAAAGGAGAGCGCAGGAACCAUUGUUCUCUUCCCAGAAGUCGCUGAUGCCGUCAACGCCAGGAAAGAUCUCGGAAUACCUGUAGUGGCGGCGGGAGGCAUCAUCGAUGGUCGAGGGGCUGCAGCAGCAUUUUCUCUAGGAGCCGCUGCCGUCGCCAUGGGCACUCGCUUCCUUGCUUCUUCAGAGGCACGCAUCGCAAAGGGAUACCAAGAUGAAGUAGUUCGAGCGUCCGAUGGCGCCAAAAACACUCUCCGCACCCACUUAUACAACCACCUCCGGGGCACUUUUGGCUGGCCUGACGUUUUUGCACCUCGAACUCUCAUCAACCGUAGCUGGACUGACCACGAGGCUGGUGUUCCAUUUGAGAAGCUCCAAGUGCUGCAUGACGAGGCUGCCAAGAGCGGCGACGCCGGAUGGGGCCCAGAGGGAAGACUGGCAACGUAUGUUGGUGCAGGUGUAGGUCUUGUACGGGAUGUGCAAGACGCGGGUGCGAUUGUUGAAAACGUAAGAAACGAAGCGAGGGGUAUCCUCAAGGCUUUGAGCGAUGAUAUUUGA